AUGCUAAUAUUUCGUAGAUGCGAGGCCAAAGAAUGUUUUGGGCCUUUAGACUUUAGCGUCAAAAUAGAAGCGCCGCGUCUCGUGGCUCUGUUGUUUAUUGAACACGAAAAGUCACAAGCACGUGCCAUUACCUGUAACGCCAAUUUCAACAACCUGACAGUGACACACGUUGAAACAAACUUGAACGUGAACGCGUUGGUCGCUUCUGCUCAAAGACCGGGAACUCGAUUGCGGGGAUUUCGUCUGUUGCUAACUGACAUUUGUAUUUCUCGAUUCAUUCGUAUAUCCUGGUAUGAAUUCGCGUCUCGUUAUCUGGGGCCUUUGACUCUCGCUGCGCUUCAUCUACAAGAACUCGCGUUGGGUUUGCUUGCUAUUAUCGAUUCUCGGGUGUCCGUCGCUGUGCAUCUGAGGGAGACUCUUGCUUUCUAUGUGUAGGCUGAUAAUCACAAUCAUGACUUUGCAUAGUGGGGACCACUUGCAUAACUCCUGGACCGUGCCGACCCCCUGCGUCAUGAGUUCCCUUUCUGUUCUGCGAAGAACGCGAUCAAUGCUUGGAGUGCAGUGCAGUGCAGUGCAGUCUCGUUCUCGCUCUACUAAAAGAGCCGUCCUUUUUUUUAUAUCAUAUAGUACGAUAGAACAAUCUUGAUAGAUUAUUCCGGCAUUUGCCAGGUCUUUGAAUCCAUCAUACGAUGGAGGCCACCUAGAACCUUAUUUUUCACACUCUGGCCUCAAACUCCCGGAGACUCCGCACCUCUGUACCGAAGCAUCCUAAUCCCCGUCUAUCAUUGUUAGCAUCGUUAUUUCUUGUACAGACAGCAUACAAUGGGAUCCGUCGCCAGUUGGCGUAACAUGCUCAAGAAAUUUCGUUAGACUAUUACCGACCUUUAUGCAUAAAUGGUCUGUCUUGUUCUAUAAACUUAAGCGAGUAGUCCUAGGGAGACCGCACAGCUUGGCAACGACGAGCCACGUCCAGCCUUUCAGGGCGCGCUGAACAAUCGUAGGAUUAUGGCCAGUCCCCCACGUGUUGCUCCCG